AUGGCUGCUGCAGCCACCACCAUUGGGACACCCGUCCUUCAACUUACUGCCAAGGAAGAGCAGCUGAAAGAACUUCUCGUCGAAGUAGCUGCCUCGAUCGACAGGACGUGUCGCCCUUCGGAUCCCCCUCUGGUCCUUCGUUGGGCUGGUGGCUGGGUUCGCGACAAGCUCCUUGGCAUCGAGAGUCAUGACAUUGACACGGCUAUCAAUGUCAUGACCGGCUAUACCUUCAGCCAGAAGAUGCGUGACUAUUGCGACGACUCGGAAAACAGGAGGAAGCACAACAUCAGCCCUGAUGAUCUGGGGAGCAUCCACAAGAUUGCUGCCAACCCAGACAAGUCGAAACACCUCGAGACUGCCACUUGCCGCAUAUUUGGCCUAGACGUCGAUUUUGUUAACCUUCGAAAGGAGACUUACACCCAAGACAGUCGCAACCCAAUCAUGGAGUUUGGCACAGCCGAGGAGGAUGCUAUGCGUCGGGAUGCCACCAUCAACGCCCUGUUCUACAACUUGCAUACUGGUCUCAUCGAGGACCUCACAGGUGGUCUUGAGGACAUGGCGUCGCGACUCAUUCGGACCCCAAUGUCUCCUCUUCAGACAUUCACGGACGACCCGCUGAGGGUCCUGAGGUUAGUUCGCUUUGCCAGUCGUCUGGACUUCGACAUAGACCCUGCUGCAACGGCAGUCAUGGCGGAGCCUUCUGUGCUCGGCGCAUUGAAACUCAAGAUCAGUCGCGAGAGGGUUGGGGUCGAAGUCGAGAAGAUGCUCAAGGGUAGACAUCCCCGGAAAGCUCUCGAACUCAUACAUAACCUUGGGCUUUACGAGGCCAUCUUCACAGAUCCAAGUGGCGAGCAGUGCCCUGCACCAGAUCUCUCCAAGUGGAAGCUUGCUUAUGGCUGUCUCGAUCUUCUCUUUCGCGAUCGCGUGCCGGGAUCCAUUUACAACACUCUCGUUGCCACAGACGAGGCUGCUUACUUGGCGUGGGCAUUGGCGGCAGUCAUACCAUACUCACAUGUGAAGGACGAGGUUGCCUUUCCAAAGAGUAAGGGAACUAUACCCGUGACCACACUGGUGGCGCGAGAGGGCAUAAAGGGUCCGAAUAAACUGUGUGACAUGAUCACCGGGGCAUCCCGUCAUUGCCGCCAGAUCACAGCCAUGAAGGACAAUGUUUGUGCCAAGAACCCGCCCUUUUCUCAAAGAGAUAUUGUCGGUAUGGCAGUCCGAAAAUGGGAUGCUCAAGGAGGCCACUGGCAGACUCAAAUUGUAUAUGCCAUUCUCGUUGAGGCCACGGACAAAUUGGAAUCCCUCUCCGAUUCAGACGUUUCGGGAUUCCUCACAGGCUGGAAAUGUUUCUUGGACCACCUGGCUGAUUUGGACGUUAUGGAUGCCCCAUCACUGAGACGCCUGGUAGACGGUUGGUUACUAACGAAGGAGCUUGGUGUUCGCCCAGGUAAAUGGAUGGGGCAAGCCCUGGAAGUGUGUGUGGCGUGGCAGCUCCGCCACCGCGGCGAAACCGAUCCAGCUGGUGCGAUAGCCGAAGUGAGGCAACGUUCUAAAGAGCUUGGAAUCACAGGCAUGCAACGGCAGAACUGA